CCCGCGUUGGGGCCUGUUGACGCCACUGUGGGCGUGUCAGAGCGACGUGCGACGUCUCGACGUGCCCACACGGCGACUGCGUCAGUCUGAGAGGCCGCCGUUCUCAAGUCAUUUCCUGACGUUGCCGCUGGUGUUCGGUAGUCUCAGACCCGGUAGGUGGCGACGGCGGCGCGCGUGCGCGCUCCCGCCGCGCUCUGGAGCCAGCGGCUGCACCGAGCCCCGGAGGAGCUAGCCAGCUUUAUCUCGGCCUUUCUGCGUGCUUGGUCGCUACCCGUGGGCUAAGUUGGCAAAAUGAGCUGUAACAACUUGGAUGGGAACAACGACUUUGAUGAACAGUUGCGAAUGCAAGAAUUGUAUGGAGACACCAAGGACGGAGACACCCAGAAAGAUCCUGAUAGAGAAGCCAAUUCUUUCGGGCAGCCGCCAGAUGACACCCCCUACGAGUGGGACCUGGACAAGAAGGCUUGGUUCCCCAAGAUCACUGAAGACUUCAUUGCUACCUAUCAGGCGAAUUAUGGCUUUUCUAAUGAUGGUGCAUCUAGCUCUACUGCAAAUAUACAAGAUGUUACUGCUAGCCCCGCAGAGGAACUGCCCAUUGUGCCAGGGGCACAAAGAAAUGCCCCUGAACCCACUGAUCCCAAAAAGAGGGGAGAAAAGAGAAAGGGUGAAUCAGGAUGGUUUCAUAUUGAAGAAGACAGAAACACAAAUGUAUACGUGUCUGGUUUGCCUCCAGACAUUACAGUGGAUGAAUUUAUACAGGUCAUGUCCAAGUUUGGCAUUAUUAUGAGAGAUCCUCAAACAGAAGAAUUUAAGGUCAAGCUUUACAAAGAUAAUCAAGGAAAUCUUAAAGGAGAUGGGCUUUGCUGUUAUUUGAAGAGGGAAUCUGUGGAACUUGCAUUAAAACUUUUGGAUGAAGAUGAAAUUCGAGGCUACAAAUUGCAUGUUGAGUUAGCAAAGUUUCAACUGAAGGGGGAGUAUGAUGCCUCGAAGAAGAAGAAGAAGUGCAAAGACUAUAAGAAAAAGCUGUCUCAGCAACAAAAGCAGUUGGAUUGGAGACCUGAGAGAAGGGAUGCGCCAUCCCGAAUGCGCCAUGAACGAGUCGUCAUCAUCAAAAAUAUGUUUCAUCCUAUGGAUUUUGAGGAUGAUCCACUGGUGCUGAAUGAGAUCAGAGAAGAUCUUCGAGUAGAGUGUUCAAAGUUUGGACAAAUUAAGAAGCUCCUUCUAUUUGAUAGACACCCAGAUGGUGUAGCCUCUGUAUCCUUCAGGAAUCCAGAGGAAGCUGAUCAUUGUAUUCAAACUCUUGAUGGACGGUGGUUUGGUGGCCGCCAAAUCACUGCCCAAGCAUGGGAUGGAACUACAGAUUAUCAGGUGGAGGAGACCACAAGAGAAAGGGAGGAAAGGCUGAAAGGAUGGGAGGCUUUCCUCAAUGCUCCUGAGGCCAGUAAAGGUCUUCAACGUUCAAAUUCCAUUUGUGCUUCAGAAAGGGCAGGGCCUUCUAGAGUAAGGCAUUUUUCAGAGCACUCUAGCACAUCCAAAAUGAAUGCUCAAGAAGCUCCAGCUGAAGUGGAAUUUGAAGAACCUAUAGAUGAAAAGAAGUUUGAAAAAACAGAAGAUGGGGGAGAAUUUGAAGAAGAUGGUAAAGAGAGGGGACCCAAAAAAGAGGCUGAAGAAGGAUGCCUCCAAAAAGAAUCCGAAGGUGGCUGCCUUGAAAGAAAAUCUGAGAAAGGCUGCCCUAAAAGAGAGCACGAAGACCUUGAAAGAGAGUCUGGAGAAGGCAGUCCCAAAAUAGAGUUUGAAGAGGGUAGUCCUAAAGAAGAGUCUGAAAUGAACGGCCGUGUAAGAGAAUCCAAAAAGAAGCGGCUCAAAAAUGAUUUUGAAGAGAAUGGCCUUGAAAAGGAGUCUGAAGAAGAUGGCCCCAACAAGAAAUCUGGAGAAGAGAAUGGCCCCCAAAAGGAGUUUGAAGAAGAUGAGUCAGAAAGAGAAUCUGAAGAACACUGCCCUGAAAAGCUGUUUGAAAAUGGCUCUGAAAAAGAAUUUGAAGAAAGCGGCCUCCAAAAAGAGCUUGAUGAGAAUGGCUGUGACAAGGAGUUUAAUGAAAACAUUUUUGAAAAAGAGUUAAAAGAAAAUGACUCUGAGAAAUCAGAAUUUGAUGAUGACAGCUCUGAAAAAGUGUUUGAUGAGGAAGGCUCUGAGAGAGAGUUUGACAAAGAAUCAGAUGAAAAGGAAGGAGAGGAAGAUACAUAUGAAAAAGUUUUUGAUGAUGAGCCUGAUGAAAAAGAGGACGAAGAAGAUGCAGAUGCAAAGGGGCUUGAAGAUGCUGAUGAAAAGGAGGAAGAUGAUGCAGAUGAAAAGAUGUUUGAAUACUCAGAUGAAAAAGAAGAGGAAGUAGACGCAAAGGAGGAUGAAGGAGAAGGUAUAGAUGAAAACAUGUUUGAAGAUGAUUCCAAUGAGAAGUUGUUUGAUGAAGAUUCCUGUGAGAAGUUGUUUGAUGAUUCUGACGAGAAAGGGACUGUGGGUGAUUUGGGGAAUGUUCAGGAAGAAGGGGCCUUGUCCACAGGCAGCAGCUUUAUCCUCAGCAGUGAUGAUGAUGAUGAUGAUGAUGAUGAUGAUGAUGAUGAUGGUGGUGGUGGUGGUGGUGGUAAUGAUAUUUAAUCCCUUAAAUUUACUUUUGAGGGCUGGUCCUCUACAUUUUGCCUAUGCUCCAGGGUAAUUACUAGUAGUGUUAACAUGAACAUGUGCAUAGUAGUAAGAUGCCAUCAGAUUAAUGAAUGAACAUUUUCGUUGUUUCCUAUACCUAAUGAUUUUAAGUAUAUAUUAAUUGGCUUUUAAGUUAAAACUUAAUAGUAUAAUGCAAGUAAACUGGAUACUCGUCCUUUGUCAUACUGUUAAAUGCAUGCAGAAUAUUUUUAAAGUAUUCUGAUUGAAUUUUGUGAUACUCAAAAAUAAAAAUAAGUUGUUAAUAUGCAGAAACUGAAAACUGGACUUGAGUUAAAUUGCAUUUUAAAUUCUUGCUAUUGCUUUAUUCAUACCUAAGUUUAGUUUUUUAAGGAUUUGAAAAAUCUCAUAGGGAUCUCCUUGCCUCUAGUUUAUACUACCCCUUAGGUCCCUAUUUCCCCACUCUAAACCAGAACAUGUUACUAAACUUAUAAGGUAAACAGCACUUAGGAGUUUUUUUUUUCUUCCCAGUCCUUGCAAGUUACUUUUGCUUUCCUUUCUACCUCCUUUUCAUGAUAAUUGAUUAGUAGAUGUGCAAGAGUGAACCUGCUGAGCUUUACAGCUUCCACUACUGAAGAUACAGAGAAGGAGAUUAGAAUGAUAAUCUACUCUGUAUUAUCUAGGCCCUUUCAGAAAUUGAUUGGAGGUCUGGGACCUCUCCCCAGAAAAGUGCACACACUACACAACUUUUUUGUAUACCGUUUUGAGAGGUUCCUGGAUCCCCUAGAGUUUAGGAAUGUCAUCAUUCAUACUUUAAUUUUGUGUUCUUGUUUUUGUUUUAGAAUGGUGCCUAGUACUGUGAUAAAUUGUGUAGUCCCAAUAAAAUGUUGGGUCUUUCUUGCUUAUGCUUUCCAAAUUUAGUAUUGAUGAAUUGACUUCUGAUGUAGCAUUAAGAAGUUAUUCUCAUAAAUUAGAAUCAUUGAAAUAAACUGCAUUGAUGCUUUUUCAUUA